AUGACAACAGAUGUGUGGGCGCUGAAGGAACGCCAGGCGCUCACGUCAAAUAGGACGCCGAAGGUCGAAGAAAAGCCGGAAAGACCUCAAUCCUUGGAGAAGCUUGGCCCCGUCAAGGAGCCGCCACCGCUGACCCUUUUGCAAAGGAUCAAAAAGGCAAAAAUAGAACAACGCGUACCCUCAAUACUACAAGAGGACACUGUUGGCGAGCAGACUGAGCACGACCAGCCCGUCAGCCACAUCCGCCAAAUCCAUCACGAGGCCACAAAGUCGCCCUCAAUCCAGUCCACCGACACCUCGUCCUCCCACGAGAAGCCAAAGACCAAGAUCACCUCCAAAGUGCGCUCCGCCAUCCUGUCCACAGCCAAGAAACUGACCCGGGGUCGUAGCGGGAGCUCUGGGUCUGGGGGGAGUCGCAGGUCCACGCAGGAGAUCCACAUCAUUUCUCAGGCCGAUGCGCAUCCCGGUGAUCCGGAUAAUAUCGAAAAUCGGCUCCAAGAGACUUUGGUCCUUGACGUUCCACCUCCCGUAGAACUUCAUCGCAGUAGAGAACUAGAAGAAACGCAUUCAAGCAGUUCGACCGGAUUGAUUUUGCAAACCGAGGUCUCGGCCACCGUCCAUGUUCAUCGACAAAGCGAUCAGAUCCACCUUGAGCACCACCAGGGGGUGGAUCAUCUUCAAGGAGUCGAGCUGAGACGUGAGCAUGAUCAUUAUGAUCCUUAUAAGGAUUCUGAUGAGAUGUACGAGCAGUAUACGGCUCCGAAGGGUGUUCUUGGGACUGGACAGGGUGCGUCCGUAUCAUUUGGGAAAGACGAGAAGUUCGAGCAGUACAACGCUCAUAAGACCAUCGUUGGGGUUGGCGCUUCACCGACUUCAGGUGGGAUCGGGCAUGGUGCGUCCAUAACAGUUGGAAAGACCGAGGUCCUCGAGCACCACAGCGGGCAGAAGAACAUCAUUGGGAUUGGAGCUUCGCCGGCUACUGAGAGGAUUUUAGUUGGACAUGGUGCAUCUGUCACUCUGUCCGCAACACCUGAGAAACCCCACGUUUUCGAGCAGUACAGCCCUCCGACAAACAUUGUUGGGCUCGGAGCCUCACCUACCGGAACUUUGCCGAUAAUAGGCCAAGGCGCGACACGAACAGGUUCAAGCCCAAAGCCCUAUGACCGCUACACCCCAACAAGCUACUCCCCGUCCACAAAAUCGCCAACCUUUAAAGUGCCACCCAUCCCCACCGAGGCCACCGAGCCGUACAACCCCUAUGCGGAUGUUGUCCUAAAGAAGGGAGAUGAUCAAAAGUCGCCUCACUACAACGCCUACGGUGCUGACGCCGAGAUCGCUGCCGCUUCACAACGUCACCUCAUCUCCCCGGAACCACAACUCGACGAAUCCGGAUAUGCAAUUCCCGAAAGGGCAUUAUCACCGCCCCCUGAUGCCCCGCCCACAGAGAAGAAGUGGACCUGGAGGGGCACAACAACUUCGGCCAGUUCAAGGAGCAGAACCCCCACAGACUACGAGGUUGCUGAUUACAUGAUGGAGACGGCGAGGUUGGAUGAUGCUCGUAUCGAGUACAGAGCCGUCGAUGACACCCCCAGGAUCAGUGAGCGUGUCCUCAGCCCAGUCGAAAUGGAGCGCGUACUCAGCCCCGUGCUAAGCCGGGAGCACGAGCUGCAGACGAAACUCCACUAUGAUGACGACCUCUCCGAAAAGCUCAGAAAAUCACUGCAAGAGGCCGAGAGAUCGCUGGUCCAACCAAAGGAGAGGGCAGUCGAUGUACAACACCGCAAGUUUGAGGCAUCAUCAAGCGUUUCGUCCACGGAUUUUGUGCAGGAGGUGAUGUCGAGGAGGAGCUUCAACUUGGAUGGAGCACCACAUAGAGCUGUGCCGAGUACGGUGACUCCCCCCUCGACGCCGUUGACCGCGACCAUUACAUCGACGGUGAAUCCCUUGGCUGCGUACGCACGUCAGGAGAGUCAUCUGGAGACGCACGAUGAACAUGCUGAAUAUGAUGAAGUGACGGUGGAAAGGGUGCAGCAACAGAAGAUGGAGCCCAUCUACUCCGAAGUCGCCAAUACCCACAGCCCCGCCAAGCCGAAGCCCAUCUUCAAGCCAAAAACCGAACCCACCGAGCAGGGCAGAUCCCAGCUUCUCGAAGAGAUCCGCAAUCGGAAAUGGAAACCCGAACCGGUGGUCCUCACCAACUACACGGUACACACCGAACCAUCACGACCCACCAAGCCGGUACCCGCGCCACGCAAUCAUGAAUAUGACGAGGUGGCCAGGGAGGAGCCAGUGCGACAGGCGUCGCAUCGAGAGGUAUUCGGCCAUUCCCAACUCUCCGGAACCUACACCUCCACCGUCGAGACACACCUCGGCGAGGAGAACAUCUACGAGGAGAUUGAUCACUAUCAAAUCGUGCCCGCCCAACAGAACUCUGCGACCUCCCAGAAGACGUCGGCAGCGCCUCCCCCUCCCCCCACCUCGGCCCCACCUCCUCGUGAUAUGCACCGGGCUCGCGAGGAGUUUGCCCAGCGUCACGAUUCGAGUGCUGAGCGGAAGUUUAAGGGCAACAAGUACGAAGACGAACCAGCCCCCGAACCCACCGAAGAUGAACACCUUGACUGGGAGCUAAUCUACACGACGAACGCCAUCCGCCAGAUGAGCCGCAACAACAAGUGGAGGGAGAGCAUGCUCAACAAGGACAAAAUCCCGCCCGUCCCCAAGAAGACGAAGGAACUCCCCGCCGAUGUGCUGCCCAAGAAUUCGCCAUUUACAAGACCGGCGGAGAGCCCGAGCUCGGGGAGGAAGACGCCGACUUCGUGGACCAAGAAUGAGGGCUUCACGUUUUCGGUGCCGGGGAUACAGAGAAUCGCCGUGGAGGAUGAGAUGGAAGAGGAGAGGAGCAAGAGAGCAGCGCCAGAAGCCUGGGAGCAUGAGCGUGUCGGGGUCAAGCAGGUGCCAACGAAUAUUGCACGAGGUCAUCAAAUCACGGUGCCGCGAGUGGCCCAACCCAAGGAGGUGGUGGAACCCCAGCCGGUAGAUCGUCAACCCACUCACCAAGCCCCUGUUGCUCCUCGACGUGCCACUACGGAAGAAUCCUACCACUUCCAAGGUGUCAAGAAUUUGCGCCAGCAGUUCUCCGAGCUUGACCAGCUCCAUUCCAGCUCCCCAGAACCAACGCCAUGGCGUCGUACCCAGUCCGUUGGAAACGUGUACGAGGUGCCCAGGGCCAGGCUGGAGAAAACCGAUGAUGUGAGGACAAGACCUGGGCCUCUGAGUGAGGUUCCGAAGGGGAGACCCAGCUCGACCUCAUCGCUGUUGGAUAAGGCAACGCCAUCGACACCGAUUAAGCAACCAGCACGGACCCAUCAGGAUACUCCGAGGGUCGUCAGGAAGGAGGUCACCUCGCCGCUUCCUCGGAUUCAGAGUCCAAGGCCUCGGCCCGUUGAUUUGAGCCCGUUGACGGCUGAUGCUCAGCAGAGAUUCUACACCCUACGCUCACCAAGCCCACGAGCCCAAACGACACCAAGCCCACUCGCUAGGUCCGAGGCAGAGCUUCGAAUUGGUGACGGCGCACAACCAGACCAGCAUUUCCACUCCAAGCCCUCAGAAAGAGACGAGCACGAGGUUCGACACCAGGAGCACCACCCCGAAAAAGAAAAUCACUACGAGGAGAUCGAACACCGUGAAGUUGUCGGGAAGCCUGAAGUGCAGCACCAAAAACCGGUGGAGCAUCACUAUGAUGAGCCUGCCAAGGAAAAUGGCCAUCACCCGCAUGGGCCCGACUACUCACCCUCCAACACCCCAACGUCACACUACCAUACACCCGCCGGGGACCAGGUUCAUCUACAAAGAGCUGGUGCUACACUUGGCCGAGGCGCCAGCCCGAUCUACGACACCGUAUACGAAGGAACGAAGGGCAUCGGG